GCCCCCGCCAGAGCUACGCGCGUAGCGUGCUACGAAACCUCUACGGUUUUAUACGUAGCAUUUCAAUACAGCAUACAAAAACAUAGUAAAUAGUUCCUUUUUAAAUAGAAAAGACUAAUUUCAAAGAUAAAUUGAUAAAGUUGAAAGUACGAAGAACAUUCUGUGCAGCGAUUCCAAUUUCGUGAGACUUAAACAUGGGAUUUUAUUGCGGACGGAAUAAUUUAAGAAACCUCAACCGAAGAUAAAAGUAAUUCGAAGAACGGAAUGCGAUUCAUACAAAAUGGGGAUCCUACGUGUGCUAAUAAUUGCAUUAGCAGUACACGUGAUAGCGGCCCGGGUGAUGUGCCCGAGUCACCCUAACUGCGUUUGCGGGGGCACGUUCUCUGUGGAACUCAACUGCAACAUCGACGGGAGAGUUGUGAAGAUAAAUUUACUGCCGAACACAUACAUUAACGUAAAAUGCGAGAACGCGAGCACUCUGGACUACACUCGGCUGCCGAAGUGCGCCGAUCGGAUGACUUUCAAGUCCGUCAGCUUCAAGGACUGCCCGCUCCCGGCGUCGUCCUUCAGAGAUGUCCUCGACCAGAUGGGGGUGUCCAAAACGAUGUCGCUGAUAUAUCAGAAUGCGAAAAAGCUGUCCGGAUACUUUAGUAGACGCCACUUUAGCGGCUUACAAGAUCUAACUAAAUUAUUGUUAUCGGUGAACGGGCUAACUCACUUGCCCGAUAAUUUGUUUGUUGACAUGAACAAUUUAACGUGGCUGAACAUAAGAUGCAACAAUAUUAACCUAUCUGAGGAGCUGUUCAAGCCGCUCGAGAAACUGGAAACGCUGGAAAUAAGCCACAAUCACAUGACGAAUAUGUCGGCUAAUUUGUUCUCGCAUCUGAGCCUCCUCAGAAAGCUCUCGCUGUGGCAAAGUAACGUGACGUGGUUCUCGAAAGAUUUCUUUUCGGGCGUCGAUGUGUUGGAGGAAUUGGAUCUCAGCUCGAACGGAUUGAACGAGCUGCCGACGUCAAUUUUCAAACCUCUGAGAAAACUUAAGAAACUGACGCUAUUCUCGAACAAGUUUUCAUCGCUGCCUCAAGAUCUGUUUUUGACUAAUAACAAGCUCGAGACUGUUAUAAUACUUAACAACGACGUAAAAAUGAGAGAACUUCCGCGAAGUUUAUUCGGUAGUUUACCGAACUUGAAGCAGGUUUAUAUUCAAAGGAGUGGAAUUGAAAAUGUACCUUACGACGUAUUCGUGAACUCCGCGCUCAUAACAAAUAUAUCGUUAGCGCAUAAUGAUAUCGGAAUGCUUUCCGAGUCAACUUUUAACGACCAAAUAAAUUUGCUGGAGCUAGACUUGAGCCACAAUAGUUUAAAGCGACUGGAGUCAAAAAUAUUCUCAUCAUUAGUGAGGUUGGAGAAAUUGAAUUUGUGCUUUAACUUUAUUGAAGAAAUUUCUGGGGAAACAUUUUCAUCUUUACUCAGCUUGAUAUAUUUAAAUAUGGAACACAAUAAUCUGAAAACAAUAUCCUCAUACUUAUUCAUCAACAAUAAACAAAGAAUGUCCAUAUCAUUCGCGUACAAUCGCUUGGAUUUCGAAAACAAGGAAUUGGAAAACAACUCGUGGACCGUAAAGAGGAUUUCUCCGUUCGCUCACACUUACAGCUUGAGGUUGCUGAAUUUAAGCCACAAUCAAUUCAAGAUGGCGUACGAUGAUUGGUGGAGCAAUGGACACGAGUCCCUGGAUAUCAGUUCCAAUGAUAUUACACACCUUUGGGUGGAUCAUGAAAAUGAAACAGAAUCAACAAAUAAAAACCGUUAUAAGGAAUUACUGAAGAAGCCAAUAAAGGAAGUGUGGAUGUUAAAUAAUCCACUCGUAUGCAAAUGCGACAAUUUUAAGUUUUUAGACUUCUUGAGGGGACGUGUAAAAUCUAAGGUAAAGGAUAAUACGUUAGCCCAUUGUCCCAUCUGGACAAAAGAAACGUGCUACCUACGGUUCAUUAUUUUCAUAUCGAUAAUUACAUCAAUUCUAUUGUUAUCGAUAAUAGUGGUGACCAUAUACUCGCUUUACCGAAAUCAAAUCCAUUCAAUGAUCAAGAAGACGAUGCAUCGAUUUUCCCACCAGGAGCGAGUGAACGAUCGAUGUAAAAAUAUCAUAGUGAAGUACUCGGACAAGGACGAGGAGUUUGUGUUCAAAGAGAUAAUGCCGACUCUGAAAGAGCAGCCCAAUUUGAACGUACAGAUGCGGCCGAUCCACAAACCCAUAUCCGCCGAGAGCGUCGUAAACAGACCCGGUGAAACCGACACAAUAUUGGUAAUAUUCUCCCCGAACUACUUAACGUCGGCUUACAGUCAUGUGAACAUAAAAAAAAUUAGAGGCGAAAUGUUGAAGGCGAAGAGCACGGUUUAUGUUUUUACCGAUAUCGGCCCGGAUAAUUCGAUAUACGCGUUCCUCAAGGAUCAAAGAGAUCGCCGGACGUCCGUUUCGUGGAAUGAUAUUAAUUUCUGGAAGAUUCUCCAGAUACUGCUGUCCGGUAAACGAUACAGGAAGAGCGAUUUGAAGGGCAGAGAAAAUUCGAAACCCUUGAGCGGCACGGUCAGUAAGCUGACGAACAAAAACAAGUUCACGCGAUUCUCCGACUACGACUGCUACUCUUCGAACACAUUUACGCAUAGUCAGGUUUAGUUACGUACAUUACUUUAGUGAGGUAAAGACUGACUCCUUCACAUUACUCAGACUACGUACCGGAAUAAUCAUUUUGUUAUAUGUAGCCGUAAGUGUAAGUAUAGGUGACUGUGUAAAAUUUUUACGAGCAUAAUGUUUUAAUGUACGUAAUUUCUUAUUGGUGUUUACUUUCGGAUAUGUGAUAUCUAUAUUUAUUUGGGUGAACCCGCUUUUCUCUUCGAAGAAGAAUUUUACGUACCAGUUUGUAAAUUUUACGUACCAGU